AUGAGCGCUGUGUCCCCUAGCCACCAGCUACCCACGAUCAUACCAACCCUACCAGACUACUGCAUUAGAGUAGCCUUCAAAUGCCAGACUUGCCCCGACACCGAUCUCUUCGAAUUCAAACGAUGCGACAAAGCAGUACAAUCCAACACGUGGUACCAUGCCUGCGAACACGCCAUCACUAUCAAAGUAGCAAGCCAAGCCAGUAUGUGUAAAGACUGUUGGGGUCUAGCAGAUGGCUUGGGAGUUCCUAUCUGGAAGGCACUGUACCAAGAAGGACAAAAGAUCAGUGAUGCUUUCCUCAAGACGUUCGAGAAUCUGGGACGUUUGGGAUUUAGAAUUAGAGGGGCACAGCAUAGAAAUGUUCGAGUCAAGGGGACCAUUGUGUGGAUUAAGAGGCUGGAGGGUGAAAUACAGGGUGUGGAGGGGUAUUUCCCCUGGCGUGCAUCGCUGGAUAGUCUCUCGGAUGAGAUUGUAAAACCGAAAUAUCUUUUUGGAGGUCAAAUGAGUAUUGCGAGUGCGUUGGAAGAUGGUCCGGAAUGCGUGGAAAUUAUAAGACAAAAAGUUUUUGAGAUCAAGGAAAAAACUGACGCGGCGCGAAAAUUUCUGGAUGAAAGGGGGUUUAUGAUAGAAGGAGAGUUUCUCGGGCUAGCGUCUGAGUCGCAUGGCGAUGCGCAGGCUGAUACACAUCGAUGGGGCUUUCUGCAAGGGAAUGAAGUUGGUCAGUCGGAGGAUGAUGAUUCGAUUGUAGUGUGGAAUGGGAAGAAUGGGAAGGCUGUGAAAAUUGAGGGGGUGGGGAAAUAG